AUGCCCGAGCCAGCGAAGUCCGCUCCCGCCCCGAAAAAGGGCUCGAAGAAGGCGGUGACCAAGGCGCAGAAGAAGGACGGCAAGAAGCGCAAGCGCAGCCGCAAGGAGAGCUACUCGGUGUACGUGUACAAGGUGCUGAAGCAGGUGCACCCCGACACGGGCAUCUCGUCCAAGGCCAUGGGCAUCAUGAACUCGUUCGUCAACGACAUCUUCGAGCGCAUCGCGGGCGAGGCGUCGCGCCUGGCGCACUACAACAAGCGCUCCACCAUCACGUCCCGCGAGAUUCAGACGGCCGUGCGCCUGCUGCUGCCCGGCGAGCUGGCCAAGCACGCCGUGUUCGAGGGCACCAAGGCUGUCACCAAGUACACCAGCUCCAAGUAA